CGUAUGCGACAAUUGCGCGUCGACAAUACCACUCUCAAAGACCAGUACCGGGCAUUGCAAGAUGACUAUCGCACGGCACAACAUGAGAUUCGAAAAUUGCAAUUGCAAAAUGACAAUAGUAACAAGACUCCCGACCAGACAAAAGCCAUGGAAAAGUUGCGCGACAAGAAUAUGGAACUCGAAGUGGAGAAUCGGGCCAUGACACACAGCCUCAAACGCGUCAAUGAUCAAGUAGCGGCACUGGAAACCAAAUGUACCAAACUGGAAGAUCGCAAUCGAAAUGUCGAGGCACAACUGGCGGCCACCAAACGAAGAGCUAGUGUCAGUGGCGGAGAUGUGGCACAACUGGCAGCUCUGUUGCAAACGGAAAAUCAGCAAUUGCGCACUGCCAAGGAGGCGCUGGAGAAACAGAUGCAGCAACAACCCAAGAGUAGUACAAAGAGUGCCAGCGCGCAACAACCAGACUCGGAGACAAAACUGGCCAAGCUCCAAUCCGUACUCGACGCCACCAAAAAGCAACUCCAGCACGCGCAACAAAAAUGGGCCGAUGCCGACAUUCAUCAUCAACACCAAAUUCAAACUCUUACGCGCGACAAGAAUCAACAAUUGCAAGAUUUGACACUCAAGUUGGAUGCAGCAGUCCGAGAGGCGCAAGAUCGAGCGCAACGCGAUUUCAUGGCAUCGCAGUCGACGCAAUCCAUGUUACAAGAACAGUUGGAGGAAGAACGACAACAACAUGCGAGUCAACAACAAACAGAAAUUGUCAAGGCUGUGCGAGCCAACACGGACCAACUUGAAGCGGAGCAUGAACGAAAGCUCCAGGAACAAGUCGACCGUCAACAAGCGGAGAGUGCCAAAGAAUUGGCAACUGCACAAGCCAGGUACGAGGUUCAAUUGGCGGCAUUGGAGGCCAAGCAGGGGGGCCUAGAGGAAAUUUAUCAAAAAGAAAUGUCCGAAUUGGAAGCCAAACACGAGAAACUCUUGAUGGAAAAAGGGGGCCAGUUGGCCGAAGAGCACAGCAAAGUGAAACGACUGGAACAACGGCUAGGGGAUCAAGAAGGGGAACUCGAUCGUUUGAAGAAACGCGUGGAAGAUCUCGGGACGGAGAAGAAAAGGCUCAAGGCGGAGUUGGCGUCCUCUCAACAUCUAGCAGCGACAACCGAUCAUCAACUGCAAGAGGCACUCGAAACGCUGGGAGAGCUCGAAACCAAACUGCAGGUCGUGGGCCUAUUCAAGAAAGCACGCGAGGACGCAAAGGGCAACGACAAGGGCCAGACAUCGCGGGGUUUGGCAUCUCCAUCUUCUGUAGCAGACGAUCCGGCGGAGCCACUUCCAGAUAUUGACGCCAUUAUGUUGAAGCAGCUUGCCAAAGCCAAGACGGCCAAUGCCAAGACUCAUGGCGAGCUUCAAACAGUGAUUGAGUAUAACAUCUCCGAGUUAAAAGACAUCCACGAAAGCAUGCAAGGAGGUAUCACCCAGGCCAACUGUGAAAUCAAGGCAUUGGAAACCGGAAUGGACGACUUGAAGAAACUGCAACGCGAGGUAGCCCAACUCGAUGCAGCCAACAAGAGUGCCAAUCGGCAAAAGAAGUCCCUCGAACGGAAGCUAGCAGAUUCGCAGGAUAAACUUGAUACAGCGAGCAAUGUCGUCAAGAGGCUGGCAGGGGACAAUGAGAACUUACAGCGAGAAUUGGUUGGGGCUCAACUGGAUCGUGACGACUCGCAAGAGAAGCUGGAAAAGGUGACGAGUGAUUUGGAACAGGCUCGUGAUGACUUGAAGGUGGCGCGGGACGAAUCGGAAAAGGCGUUGCAAGCGAUGGAUGACACUGCUUCGAAACUGAGAGAAGCUAUUGGGAAAUGUCGGGAGUUAGAAGGGAUAGUUGAGCAACAGAAGCACACAAUUGCGCAGCUGGAAACCAACGCACUGGAGGCUCAAAGGGAAAAGGCAAGGUUGGAAGCAAAGAUCGAUGAUGGUCAGCAGAGGCACAGAAGCAUGGAGAGCGCCAAUGACCGAACUGGUGAAGCGCUGAACGCGGUGAAUGACGCCCUUAAGAAGUCACAAAGGGAGGUCGACAAGCAACGCAAAGAAAUUAGCCGCCUCGAGGAAGACCUGACAACUGCAAACGACGAGGUGGAGGAACUUCGAAAGGCGGCCAAAGAGCACACAAAGCAAAACGCCCAAGAUGUGCAAAACUUGAGGAACGAACGAAGCAGUCUCAAGGCCGCCAAGGAUGAAGCGCUGGCUGAACUGGAAGAGACCAAACAUCAAGCAUCCAAGUUGCAGAGCGCGGUCGAUCGAGACCGAAAGAAGGUAUCCAGACUGGAGGAAGAGCUCUCUGAGGCCAGAGAUGAUAUCGAGGAUUUGGCCAAGAGGAACGAUACAUUGAAGAAAAAGCAUGAAAAAGAUCUGGGGGAUCUAAAAUCAGAGCGGGGCUAUCUACGAGCUGAAAUCGAGAAAUUGAAGAGGGAAAAUAGCAAUAUGGAGGCUUCAAAGGCUGAGUCAAUGGAGCUGAUUGACGAGUAUGGGCCAAAGCUGAAGGAGCUGGAAGAAACGCGGAAAAGACUUGAAGCCCAGACAGAGUUUUGGGCAGCCAGAGAGGCUGAACUCACCAAUGUUAUAGCGGAACUUCAAGAUUCGGCUGCAGAAACUGAACGCGAAGUCAGACAGUCUUACGAAACACUCAAGUCAGAAGUUGCUGCCAGCCAAGAAGCGAAAGAGAACGCCUUAAAGACGCAGAGCAAAAUAAGCAAGGAAUUGCAAGAUGCUCAACAAGAAACGAAAGCGCUUUCUGAUCGCAACCAAGACCUGAAGAGGCAGCAAAUGAACAAAGAUCAAGAGCUGGAGAAGCUUCAGUGGGAAUUGGAUGCGAAGACGAAGGAAAACGAGUCAUUGAAAACGAAAACUGCGCGUCUGGAAGCUCUGGUGGGCGAAACAAAUAAUGAGCUCGAAACUGUUAGAGGUGAGCUCGGCAAGCUGAAGAAGGAUAUGAGAUCCGAGGUGUCCAGACUGGAAGAUCUCGAGAGGGAGGCCAAAAGACAACUUGAUGCAGCCCGGUCUGAUUUAGGCGCAAAGAAAAAAGAAGUUGAUUUGCUGAAGUCAGAAAUGUCAGAACUGGAGGCUUCCCAGAACAACACGAAGAGAGGUCUUACCAAAAUCAAGCAGAAGUUGGAAGAAAAGGAGGACGAAAAUGACGCUUUGAAAGAUGAAGUCGACUCCUUGAAAGCCCAAAUACGACGAGAGGAAAAGCUGCAAGCCCAGCUCGCUCAACAGCCACGAGCAGUGAGCCGUGAGAUUGACAGUCUAGCAAUGGCUACGUCACGAGAUUUGCCCAAGCAUGUUGACGACAAACGUGACGAGGAAAUAAGGAAUCUACAAAAGAGUUUGAACGAACGACGGCUGGCCCUCGAAAACCUUGAAGACAGAUACCAGGAUCUCAGCAAGACUCACCAGGGGCUGGUCAAAGCGUCGAGGGAUGCUGCUGUGGCACUUUCGCAGCAGCUGGACGAGCGUACCACAGAGCUAAACGACCUUGGCAAGAAAUCUCGGAAAGCCCUGAAGGAAAACGUGACAUUGAAAGAAAGGCUCCGCGUGGCCGAGGAACAAAAGCUAAAGGACACGUCAGCCUUGGAGCAAUCAAAUCGAGAAUUGCAGGCCGCCCUUGCUGAUAUCAAUGCGCUCCGUCCUGUUCAAGAACGAGCUUCGCUUGAACUCGAGGAAGUUGGGGCUAUCCGAGACGCUGCCCAGGAAUCUUUGAAGAAGGCCGAAGCCCGCGUUGAUAGUAUGCGUGAUCUGCACGAAAAAGAGAGCAGGGCGAAGAACGAGAAGAUUGAACAGUUGGCCAAGGAUCUGCUUGAGGCCGAGAGGACUGCAAGAGGGCACGAGCGUCAGUUUGAGGAAGCAAAGUAUAAGUUGAGGCAAGCUGCUCUUGACACGCAGAAGUUACAUAAAGAUCACACUGCUGAAGUCAAUGCGCUGAACGCGCGUCUGUCGGAGCUUCAAGAAAGUCUUGACGGAGCAAAGAAGGAGCAUUCAGAACUGGAAACGAUAAAAAAUGACGUUGAUUCGCAGUUGAAACGUUCGGAAACCCAAGUGGAAUCGCUACGGGAGAAGCUCGCAUCGCACAAGAAGGAGUUUGAAGGUCGUGACCGUGCACGUCAGAUUGCCUAUCAAAAUCUUGUGAACAGGGCAAAGAAGCUGGAAAAGGACUUACCUGAGGUCAUCAAAGAGCGAGACGUGGUGGACAAGCAAUUGGAGCAAAUCCGUCGAGAGUUAGCUGAUGCUUUGUCCAACAAAUCAGACCUACAAGCUGCACUCAAGAAGGCAGAAUCGGAUUUGGCCGCUGUCGCACGUGCUUUGGCGGAAGAGAUCCAGAAGGUCUCAAAGACUGGCGCAAAUGAACUAAAGCACGGGGGUCCAAUGGACUUGGUUGAGAAGGUGAAAGCAGCACUGCGCAAUGCGAUUGAUGGUCGCGAGGACGCAAUCAGGUCUCGAAAGGCUUACGAGGAUGCCUUCGACGAGUCCAAGGCGCUGGCUAGAAGCCUCGGGGGGAUAAUCGAGAAGAAGGACCAGAGAUUGGCCGAACUUCAAAACACUUUCGACCAGGAAAAGGCAAUGUUGAUGGCUGAGUUGAAUAACCUUGAUGCUGUAGUUCAGCAAAUAGCCGCCGAGAACAAUAAACUGGCCAAGCUCCUUGAAUCCGAGCAAAGAAAAGCAGAGAACGAGGGGAGGUUGUUCAAUAGUCACUUGAAGAAUGCAAGGAGAGACAGAGAGCUCUUGAGUGGUCAGAACAACUCACUGAAGAAAUCAUUGAACGAUGCGGCCACCGCUGCUGCCAAGCUAAAAGACAAGGCCGAAAAUCAAUCACGUGUCGAUGACGAUUACAAGUCGCUCCAAAAAAUGAAUCAAUCCCUUCAGAAAUCUCUCGAAAGGGCAACGUCUGUCAUCAAAGAGAUGAACAAUCCACAACGUGAUCUGAGCAAAGUAGCUGACGACAGAACGUCAACUUUGGAGGCUGCUCUCGACGAGAAGGAAAGUAGAUUACACGAAGCACUGCGCCAAUUGCAGGAAGCAGACGAAGACAACGAAGCGCUGCAUGCUGAAGCAGUGAAACUGAAAUGGUUCCUAGAUGAGUUCUUGAGUGAGGCGAAACAAUUGGUAGAGAUUCUGAGCGACAACGUAAAUGAAAACGAGCCAGAGUCAGCUCGACCGAACUCGAGGACACGAAGCGUUUUAGCAAGACUCGAAAGUAUUGUCAAGCACAUGGAGACAGGCGUCGGAAGUCAUCUCCAGCAGCACAAGGAACAUGUCCAGUCACGGCCGCAUAAGCAGCAUCGCACACGCAGCCCCGUACUGCCUUCUGCGAACCCGGCCGAUGCCGAGAAAGAGACACUCGGAACCGAAGAAGGAACAGUACUCUACGACGACAAUGAUGAAGCCGGGAACAGCCAUCAAAGUGCCAAUCCGGCCUCCGAUGGUGAAGGUUCUCAGAUUUCAAGUGACAAUAGCAACGGAUCGAGGAAAACCCCCUCACCAGUGGCGGCACGGGAGCUCGAUCAAGCUGCGUAUGUACGGGAACGCUUGGCCAAGUCUGCGGCGGCACUGGUGCCUCGUGCGCCUUCAUCCGCAGCAUGGAGGACAAAGGAGUGGCUAUUGAAAUCGGGAACGAAUCCACGCAUGCUCCACAACACCGCACCAGACGCUCAUCAGAGGGGCACAAAGUUGGAUGCCCCCCACGCUUACUACAAAGGUCCCAAAGCCAGUUUUGUGCCUAGUAGAGGCUCAACGGCUGAUCGACCGAGAAGUUUUGUUACAGGGAUUACGCAUCCUCGAGGGAUUGGUGCAAAGUCUCCGGGCAACAGCGUGCACCAAGAGGACGUGGAUACGGGAGUGUCUGUUGGUGGCACAGAGCCUCAUGGGGAAGACACAAGUUCAAAACUAGAUAGAGCUCGAUGGGGAGCUCGACAGUAA